AUGGCUUUCGACAAAAUCAAGAAGUACCUGCUAAAUCCUUCAAUGCUCAUGCCACCUAUCCCAGCUAAAUAUGAGGCAUGUAUUGCUGGCUUGAGAGAAGCCAUCAUCCUCAACGUGAAGAAGUUGCUAGUCUUCGGCGAUUCACAACUUAUCAUCCAUCAAACGAAUGACUAUUGGAAGACUAAGGAUGAAAAGUUGAUCCCCUAUCACGUCUAUUUGGAGAAUCUAACUAAGGAAUUCGAAGAGAGCACAUUCUCUUACAUGCCCCGAGCUAAGAACCAAUUCGCGGAUACCUUGGCAACUCUCACCUCAAUGUUGGAAAUCCCGAAAGGAGCUGUUGAAUGGGAACUUACUGUUGAACUUCAGGAUGAACCCGCAUUCUACCUGCAGAUAAAUGAAGCUGAAACUCGCCCGAAUGAUCAGUCAUGGUACACAGAAAUCAAGGAAUACCUCGAGUAUCAUAAAUACCCAGAAGGAGCAACUUCAACUGACGCCGCACUGUCUAGCGGCUAG